AUGGAGUCAUCGCCGCUAGCCAGAUACACCCCCCAAAAUUCAAAGAAAAGAGUGUUUCCUGGGGGAAGUUCGUCUUGCAUGGAGCCCGAGGUCGUCGAAAUCUCUCCGCCGAUUUCUCGCAGUUCAAAAUCGAAUAAGCAGAAGGAGCAUUGGCUCAAUCAGCUAUCUUUGAGUCAUUACUUGUCACCAGGGUUUCAUCCGUCUCUUAAGGGAGCAGUUGAAUAUAGUCAAGCGGUUGACAAGAAGUUCUUGCAUUGCUUAGAUUAUGAUCCACAGGGGUAUCUGAUACUUCUUCAUUUAGAUUAGGUUAAAUGUGGGUAUCCGAUCACAAUAGCUAUUUCACUGCAAUUUAUUAAUAAUGGAAUUCCGUAAUUCAUUCCGGUUGCGAGUCCUUAGGAUUCUUGUGGAUUUGUUAGAUUGUUGUUGUUACAUAUAUGUUGCAUGGUAAAGGUAGUCGAAUUCUAAUUGAAGAGAAGGAAGUGUGUUGUUAAAUUACUCAAAAUCUCCUUUCUUUAUUAUGCUCUAUCCAGGGUCAGUUUCUAUUAAAUCACAAGUUAUCUGGAGAAAAUGAAAUGAAAAAAGGAAGAAACCAUUUAAUCUUACUAUGGCCCUUGGGCACUCAUUCAUGUGAAAGAGACAUUGUAAAUCAGAAUACCUGAUUUUACUAUUUAUCAUCAAAAAUAAAGUCCAUAGACCAAUCCAUCCUAGUGGUAUGACUUGGAAGCCGA